AUGGAGAUCAAAGUGAAGACUCUAACAGGAAAAGAAAUAAGUAUUGAAAUCGAUCCAAUGGACACGAUUGAAAAGAUCAAGGAACGAGUUGAGGAGAAAGAAGGAAUCCCACCUCCUCAACAAAGGCUCAUCUACACUGGGAAACAACUUGCUGAUGACCAAACCGCCAAACAUUACAAAAUCGAAGGCGGUUGUUCUCUUCAUCUUGUUCUUGCUCUUAGAGGUGGGUUUUAA